GGUGCCGCUGAAGUUCGCAGCUCGUCCUGCUAUGCCUGCUACAGAGAGAUAAAGCGGCAGAAAUACGGACCUUUAACUCCCAGGGGCAGCGGGGAAAGUUGCGUAGCGUAUCGGCUGUCGUGUACCAGCGAGGAUUAAAAAAUGUUUUCUCUGUCAAUGACUGUCCAGCCGCAGGUGACUGUACCUCUGAGCCACCUCAUCAAUGUCCUCCACUCGAUGAAGAGCUCCGUGGGGAGCAGCAGCAGCAGCAGCAGCAGCACCUCCUGCAAAUCAAGAAAACACAAGGAGCAUGCCUCAGAGUCAGACCUACACCGCACAGAGCCCACGUGGAACCUGCGUGAGCUCGGCUUAUCAGACCUGGGAGUGCGGCAGCUGGAUGAGCUGGUGAACAGUGUGUUACCACGCUUGAGUUCGCAAGAGGCGCCACUUCCACUGGGUGGACAGACGGCCUGGAACACGUCACAUCUGUCUUCAUACUCCUUUUACUACAAUAAGCAUGGCUUCUCGUGUGGUGCAAUGCCCCUGUCUUAUACCAGGCAGCACCCUUCACCUCUUCAGACUGUGUGCACAGAGCUGCAACACUGGCCAGUUUGGGUCCCGAGCAGAGGCUUUAAAACUUUAAGGAACAAAACCAGACGACUGCAGUCAGCCCCUGAACGCCCCCUGGAAUCUGAAGGGUUCACACCAUCUUUCAUGAGGGGCUUCCUGACACGUGACAAGGGGUUUGAAGUUGAAAGUCUCGACAGCCUGUUGAAGAGCAAGAACUUACCUGACGGACAGCAGGAUGCGUUCAAGAAGGGCUUCGCCGAGGGUUUUCUGAAAGCCCAAGCGCUGACACAGCGCACACAAGACUCUCUGAGGAGGACUCGUCUCAUCCUGCUGGUGCUGCUGCUUGUUGGACUCUACGGUAUCUCCAAGACCCCCUUCAUAUCGGUACGGUUCCGAACCACAUCAGGCCUGGACUCUGCCGUCGACCCCGUCCAGAUGAAAAACGUGACCUUUGAGCACGUCAAAGGGGUGGAGGAAGCAAAGAACGAGCUGCAGGAAGUGGUGGAGUUCCUGAAGAACCCGCAGAAGUUCACAGCUUUGGGAGGAAAGCUGCCAAAAGGGGUUUUACUGGUUGGUCCUCCGGGGACGGGAAAGACCCUCCUGGCCAGAGCGGUGGCGGGAGAGGCGGAUGUGCCGUUCUACUACGCCUCAGGGUCUGAGUUUGACGAGAUGUUUGUUGGAGUGGGAGCCAGCCGCAUCAGGAACCUUUUCAGGGAGGCUAAAGCUAAUGCUCCCUGUGUGAUCUUCAUUGAUGAACUGGACAGUGUUGGUGGGAAAAGGAUCGAGUCUCCCAUGCACCCUUACUCCAGACAGACGAUCAACCAGCUGCUUGCUGAGAUGGACGGGUUUAAGCCAAAUGAAGGCGUGAUCAUCAUCGGAGCAACCAACUUCCCAGAGGCUUUGGAUAACGCCCUGAUCCGCCCGGGACGUUUCGACAUGCAGGUGACUGUCCCCAAACCAGACGUGAAGGGACGCACAGAGAUCCUCAACUGGUAUCUGAAGAAGAUUAAAGUGGAUCCAGCCAUUGAGGCCAAAAUAAUUGCCCGGGGCACAGUGGGCUUCUCUGGCGCUGACCUGGAAAAUCUGGUCAACCAGGCUGCCCUGAAGGCAGCGGUCGAUGGCAAAGACAUGGUGACCUUAAAGGAGCUGGAGUUUGCUAAAGACAAAAUCCUCAUGGGCCCUGAGAGAAGGAGUGCAGAAAUAGACAAGAAGAACAAGCUCAUCACAGCGUACCACGAAUCAGGCCAUGCCAUUGUAGCUUACUACACCAAAGACGCCAUGCCGAUUAACAAGGCCACCAUCAUGCCCAGAGGCCCCAGUCUGGGACAUGUGUCGAUGCUCCCCGAAAACGAUCGCUGGAGUGAGACUCGCUCUCAGCUGCUGGCUCAGAUGGACGUCAGCAUGGGCGGCCGUGUGGCAGAGGAGAUUAUAUUCGGCCAUGAGUACAUCACAACCGGUGCAUCAAGCGACUUUGACAGCGCCACAAAGAUCGCUAAGAUGAUGGUGACCAGAUAUGGAAUGUGUGAAAAGCUGGGUGUGAUGACUUACACCGACAUGACGGCCCAGAGCCCAGAGACACAAGCAGCUGUGGAGCAGGAAGUCAGGAUCUUAUUAAAGGAGUCUUACGAGCGAGCCAAAGCUCUGCUGAAGUCUCACACCAAAGAGCACAAAAACCUGGCAGACGCUCUGCUCAUGUACGAGACUCUGGACGCCAAAGAGAUCCAGCUGGUCCUGGAGGGCAAGACGCUGGAGACCAGAUGAAACGUGACAGGAGGGCAACAAUCAGGAGGUAUUGACGGGCUGGGGGAGGGAUUUGAAGAAGCUCAGGGGUCGUGAAGGAGGGAUGGACUCAGAUCGUGAGCAGUUAAUCAGAGUAAGAAGUCUCUUAACAAAUGCUCAUGUGGGACUGUGUCACGUCGUCAUGGUGUCACCUUCCUGUAAUCUCACCAGUAUUCCCAGAUUGGUAGUUUUUCGUUUCGUGUCGCACUUAAACGUGACUUUCUUGUGUUCAGAGGUAAUGUUGCACAGAUUCACUAUGUGAUGAAAUUUAAAGGAUGCUGCUCAGGUCACUUUAUAAGUUGGUGAGAGGAAAUAACACAUGAAUGUAAAAAAGCAUCGAUGUAGGAUUUCUUUAUAAAAACAAAUGGAGUUGAAAUUUGGUCAAAUUUUGUUCAACAAAGUCUGUUUAGAUUCCUGUUUUGUCAGUGGGAGCAGCAUCUUUAACCCAAAGAGCCUCUGUUUAAUCACUGCACCCAACAGACUUCACCUAAAUCUCAUCUCCUGCCCCUCUGCAUUAUGUCCCUGUUACUUUUCUUAAGGUGGCCUUUUGGGGAAUGUACUGUACAUGUAUUUUUUUUCUUUCCUUUUGGAGAAGGAAGUGUAUAAAGUUAAACUAUAACGUCUCCGCACUUUGGGUAAGUGUUCAAAAAGCACUUGUGCACUCUUCGUGUAAUUUAUUUCGUUUAUGCUGCGUGUACAGAUCAAUCAAAAGCUGCUGCUCAGCCUCAAACAGCAUGCAACAAAUAAAAGCCGCGUGUGUGUCGUGAUAGAUCAUUGGGAUCUUUGUUUUUUAAGUUGUAAUGUUGGCCUAAAUUAUUUAGAGACUUAGAAGAUUAUUAUUUUUUCUUGUAAGUACAAAUUUGUGGAUUAAAGACUCUUUAGAUUAUUCGGACAAACAACAAGGCCAGUUAUCAGUUAUUGUCCUGUGGCGUCUCCUUUUGUCGUUACUUGAAACAGAGAUUUCUGACAGCUGUAUGUUUCUGUUUCAGCGCAUUUUGCACAGUGCAGUGGAAGAAAGAUGCCAGUGUUUAUACAGGAAGUUAAGAUGUCAGCUCUAAACUGAUAUCUUUGGCAUGAAAUAAAACAUUUUUUCAACACAGAUUUAAGUUAGAAACUUGCAGAGACAUGCCUCUGUUAAAAUGUUUCCAGUUUCUAAGUGAAUAUUACAGCAGCAGUGUUUGUAGUCCGUAUUUUAGCUUUUUGAACAUUUAAUUAAAAGUAUAUCUCCUGUCAAAAGUACCACCAAUGUAUGUUGUAAUUCAUAGUGUUCCCUUUUCUGUUGUUUUUUUCCUCUAUUUCAGACACUAUUUCUUCUGUUAAUUGGCCUUUUAUCCAUGGUAAGCUGUACAUAUAUGAUGUGGGUGUAAUGGGAACGUUGUAUAUAGAUGUAUAGUUACGCUUUUAUGCUGAGAUGACAUUGAAUGGCUCUCUGCUGUUGAUUGACAAAGUCUCUCAACAAUGUGACAGCAAAUGAUUGAUGAAUGUUUGUGCAGCCAAGAUGAAUAAAAUCAAACCAAAACUA